CUUCUUCAAUGUUAUUGAUUAAAUAAUGUGGUUUGGGGGGAGGAGAGAGUUGAGAGAAUGAAUGCAGGAGGUGUUGAUAUGAGACAAGGGGGAUACAGAGGGUGAGUGAGUGAGUGAGUGAGUGAGUGAGCGAGUGAUCCAGUGAGUGAUCUUAAUAAGGUUAGUUGUGUGUGUGUGCAGGGUUCAGCAGUAAUCUGACGAGGAAUGCCUGUUCGCACGCUGUACACAAGCAGCUCUGGCAUCAACACUAAAAAAAUUACCAUUACAGUCAUCCAGACGAUUUAAUUUCCCUUCGGGGAUGAAUAAAGUAAUCUAACUAUCUAUCUAAUGGCUUUGAUUAGUACCAACAGGUUUUAUGGUUACAUUUGUGUGUUUGUGUUGGCAAAAGUAGUAUCCACUUAUCAUAUCUGCCCCUCAGUGUACUUUGACCACUGACAUGGGGUUGCCAAUCCUCAACACAGUCACAUGCUCACCAGCUGCAUUCGUAAAUUUGUUUCCCCCCGACAGAGCUUAUAACUUAGAAAAAGGCAGAACCAGGAAGUGCAGAGUUGAUCAUGUUUCAUUUGGAAAGACAGCAUCGGCCCAAUUCCCGUCAGUCUAAUUCAGUUGUAAAGACAAGGCGAUCAAACACUUGUUGACCUUUAGUAUAAGGGAGGACACAAGCAGCGAUCGGCGUAGAUAGUAAAGCUGAAGACACUUUAGGUGUGUAUGUGGAGGGGCGGGUUACAAGCUCGACACUUGUGCAACAUCAUAAGGAACGCAUUCUUCCGACAUGUGCUGCAAUAGCUGCAAACCUUUAAUCUUUGAUCCCACAGAUUUGAUUUAAAGAGCAGUUAGUAGAAGCUGUCCAAGGCUGAAUAUUACCAACAAACUUUUUUUUAGAUCCUGUGCUUCUAAUGCUUUAAAAUUCACUUUUGAAGGAACCCUAUGCUCAGUCAAGAGAGCAGGUAUAAUAAGCUGAUAAAGACGGAAAUCGGGGGAGGUUCAUCCGCACAACAGUAAAAUGAAGCUGAUGUCCAUACCCCAUCUUUUCCAUUUGCUCCUCUUCUGUGCAACGCAGACAUUAGGCGUCAGGAUUCAGUCUGACUCAGUUGUGGGCAGUGAGGGUGUGAUUCAGAUCGAGCUGGAGGGGACUGUGUCUCUGCUCUGCCUGUCUGACGGCGACUCUGAGCCCGACGAAGGCCUGGUGUGGCUGAGGAAUGGCGCCAUGGUCAGGUUGAUGGAAGAAAAUAAAAAGAAUGGCAGCCGAGUAUGUGUGACACCUGCCAUCCAAGAAGAUAACGGCGCCACGUUCACCUGCCACCUGAGCAGCAAUGCCUCCGAUAGUGACUCAGUCACCCUGAACGUCACAUACCCCCCGCCGAUCAUGGGGUCCGAGGAGCUCGUCGUGGAAGAGGAGUCAGUGCUCGUCCUGCAGUGUGACAUCCUGGCCAAUCCACAAGUCUCCUCCGUGGUUUGGACAGUAAAUGGAAGCACAGUGGAUUUAUUAGCAGGCGGCUUCACGCUGACCGAUGACGGCGUUACGAGCCAACUGAUUGCCAACAGCGUGGACAAAAGCCUGCACGCGGCCUCGUAUGGGUGCCUGGCGAAUUCUCCCCUCUAUGGAGAGUUCAACAAGACCUUCCAAGUCACAGUAACAGACAAGGUCAUGAAGUUCCCGCUGAUGCCCAUUAUAGCGGGGGUGGUGGUGGUGUGCCUCACAGCCAUUCUUGCCGUGAUUUCACGAUGGAGUAAAAUCCGACAGUGCUGCAAGUAGUGUCCAAAACAGCUGGUCUUCUCGACUUCACCAAAUGAGGCCCUGAAGACGUCGCACCUCUCCACAAAUACCCAUCUACGUAGGCCUAGUAUUUAAUUUUAGAUUAUGUUUGACAUUGUUAGAGGAAAGGUUGAACAUCAUAGGAAAUGCACUUAUAUUCUUUCUUGCUGAAAGUUUGGAGACCAAUGCAUUAGAGCCAGCAUCAAGCAUAAAUACUAGAAUCAAAGGGAAACAGCUAGGGAGAAGAAAUCCUCAUUAAAACCAUGUGUAGUUUUCAAACUAGAGAUGUAACGUGUUGAUAAGUGAUGCUGUCAACUGUAAUGUUUGUCAUGAAAUCAUUGAUAAUGACAGUGGAAUCCAGGAAAUGCUCAACAUUGAGCUUUGAGAUGAUUCUUUUGUGUUGGUUACUUGUCAUACUGUGAUGAUCCCUGACCCUGUGAUGCAGAAGGGAGCUUUUAAGACUCCAUCAUCUUUAUCCUUAUUCACAUCUUUGCAAUAAAAGUACUUUUGUUCCC